CUUUUCAUCAUCUUAAUUCACAUAUAUUUUUUUUUUUACUUUCUCUCUUUUGCUCUCAAACUAUAUAUCUCUCUAUAAUCGUAAAUCACACACAGCAUGAUCAUUAUGAACUUAUGAGAAAAAAAAACUUGAAUCAUACAUUCAUCGAAAAAAGUGUUUGAUACGCGUUUUAGUUAGUAAUAUUUACAUUUGAUUGAUUUUAUUAUGUUCGAUUUGAAUCGUUGAUAAAUAUUAAGAUGAAUAUUAUGAAUGACAAUAAUAAUACGGAUUUGGUCAUACGCAAGAGAAUUAUUAAUCAUCGUAAUAAACAGAUUGAAACACGAAUUAAACGACAAAUUAUCAUUGAAGAUGGUGUUAUGAUAUCGGAUAGUGGUCCACAAGUGACAACAAAAACAAUUGAAGAUACACGACAAGAACUUGAAGAAUUCGAUAAAGAUGGUCGUCAAACUUAUUUUGCAUUCGAUGAUGAUCACAUUGAAAAUAAUGUUGAUGAUAAAGUUGUCAUUGAUGAUGAUAAAGUUGUCAUAACAUGCAAUCAACCAACGUCAAGCAAAACAUAUCUGUUUGGCUAUAAUGAUGAAAUGAUGAUG